GGCUCCCCGAAGCGACGGGAGAGUUAUGGGCAACGGGUCGGAGUGAAUGGGGAGAGACGGCGGGCAGCGGAAAGCCGUGACCCUCCGGAGCAUGUUCUUCUGGCUUACUCCAAUCCUUCAGGGUCCACCUUGGAGAGACGGAGCCCCCCGCCGCAUCCCUGACUUACCUCGUUUGUCCGCCGGUAGGCGCGUCCAGGCAGACCGAGCGUGUCUUGAAGAGGCGGCGCGGGUGGUGGGAGCGACAGAGAGCCCCGCAGAAGCUACGAGGAGGCUCUUUGCAUUCCGCCCGCUUUCUCCGCGCUGCUUCGCCCCAACCCCGCCCCACCCGAGCCCUCCCGGCCAUGCGCCAGGCUGGACUCUGCCGCCCAACCGAAAUCUAAAAGCAGAAGGGGACCCAUCGCCGAGCCUCGGUUGCUAAGUCUGGUUGAGAAGAGUUGCAUUCAUCAUGGCCCAAGGAUCCAGUGACAUGGAUACUGCAGAACAAGAGGACAGUUCUCCAAAUAUGAUUGUUUACCGAAAGAUAGAAGACAUCAUAACAAGAAUGCAGGAUGACAAAACAGGUGGAGUGCCCAUUCGUACUGUCAAGAGCUUUCUGUCGAAAAUCCCCAGUGUGGUCACAGGAGCUGACAUAGUACAGUGGCUUAUGAAGAAUCUCAGUAUUGAAGAUCUAGCUGAAUCAAUACAUCUGGGAAGUCUCGUUGCAGCACAAGGAUAUAUUUUUCCAAUAUCUGAUCACGUACUGACUUUAAAGGAUGAUGGGACUUUUUAUCGGUUUCAGGCUCCAUACUUCUGGCCUUCAAAUUGUUGGGAACCAGAAAACACGGACUAUGCCAUCUAUCUUUGCAAGAGGACCAUGCAGAAUAAAGCUAGACUGGAACUGGCAGAUUAUGAAGCAGAGAAUUUAGCAAGACUUCAGAGAGCUUUUGCCAGAAAGUGGGAAUUCAUCUUUAUGCAAGCUGAAGCACAAGUCAAAAUUGAUAGAAAAAAGGAUAAGACAGAAAGGAAGAUUCUCGAUAGUCAAGAAAGAGCCUUCUGGGAUGUUCAUAGGCCGGUGCCGGGCUGUGUGAAUACAACAGAGAUGGACAUCAGAAAGUGUCGGCGAAUGAAGAAUCCACAGAGGGUCAAAAAGUCAGUUUAUGGAGUUACAGAAGAUAAUCAGUCCCAAAGUCCUGCACAUAUCCCUUCCCAACCAAUUCGCAAAACAACAAAAGAUGACGUCCGAAAGCAAAUAUCGUUUCUGAACGUUCAGAUAGACAGGCAUUGUUUAAAAAUGUCUAAAGUAGCAGAAAGUUUAAUUGCAUAUUCAGAGCAGUACACGGAUUAUGAUCCCUUUAUAACUCCUGCGGAACCCUCCAAUCCCUGGAUAAAUGAUGACGCUGUGUUUUGGGACUUAGAAACAAGCAAAGAGCCUUCCCAGCAUCGGGUCAAGAGAUGGGGCUUCUCUAUAGAUGAGGUGUUGAAAGAUCCUGUGGGGCGUGACCAGUUUUUUCGAUUUUUGGAAUCAGAAUUCAGUUCUGAAAACCUCAGGUUUUGGUUGGCUGUCCAAGAUCUCAAAAAACAACCAUUUCAAGAUGUAGCAACCAGAGUAGAAGAGAUCUGGCAAGAGUUCCUCGCUCCUGGGGCCCAGAGUGCCAUCAACCUGGACUCUCACAGCUAUGAAAUCACAAGCCAAAACGUCAAAGACCCAGGGAGGUACACAUAUGAAGAUGCACAGGAACAUAUUUACAAGCUGAUGAAGAGUGACAGCUAUGCACGUUUCCUCCGUUCCAAUGCUUACCAAGACUUGUUGCUGGCAAAGAAGAAGCCCGAGAAUGAGCAAGGUCGUAGAACUUCCCUAGAAAAGUUCACUCGCAGUAUGGGAAAGUCACUGGCAGGCAAGCGUCUCACAGGCUUGAUGCAAUCUUCUUGACAACGUCGUCUGGGCUAGCUGUUGCUGACAUCUCCGAAAGACCGCUGCACCCUACCACCACCUCCUCGGCCAAGGAAAGACAUUGGGGGGGCAUACGGGUCACUUCGAGGGGCAAGGGGGGUGUAGACAAGAGAGAGCAAAGGAGAGAGAGAGAACAUUCAGACAAUGAAAGAAACAUAGGGAGGGAAAAAGAUGCCGGGAUGGAGACUCUGAUCCAAUGGGGGGGGGGGUCCUCUUUCUGUAGUUUACAUUGACACUUUUCUUAUAUCACUUUGUAAUGGCACUGAGGUCUCCAACGAUAAGACACUGUUUCUAAUUUGAUUCCAGAGGAACACCAUUGCUGUCUAAAGGAAGCAGAGAAAGAAAGAGAGCGAGAAAGGGCUAUCAAUGUUAUUUUACAUUCGAUCCUAAGAGAAAUUUAAGGAAAGGGCAGCUGGCUCAGAUCAGUCUUCAUAACGCAGGCGCUUUCUCCCACUCUUUGCUGCUACUGCUGCAUGUGCACAGUUGUCUCUAUCAGCCUUUCACAUAUCUAGGUAGGACCAGCAUUUCAUUCUGCUGAGCAGUAGAUUAAUAGUAAUCUCUAACUUCACAUGAAUGGCUCAGAUUUGGCAUCCUUCCCAAAGCCAUAAGAUUUCCCUUUGUCUACAGGAAGUGUCAUGUGAUGAAGAAGGUUGCCACCCUAGAUCUUAAAUGAAGAUUAAAAAAAACGUAAUCUAAGUAAUUGGAAGGAUCCUUUCUCCACACCCACCUGCAAAUUUACUACAGAUACACAAGUCAUUUGUCUUCUAACUGUCUAGGUCUAAUGAAAUAAUCGCUAGAAUCUGCUUAGACUUGCGAGAAAAACUUGCCUUUAGGAGAAAAUAUGCAUAGGAGUUUGUUUGGGUUUUUCUGUUUGGCUUUGUUUUUUGCCCUCAUUCUUUGAAACACCUUUUCAAAAGAUCUUUGCAAAAAGUGGCUUUAGCUCUUCACUGAUAACCUUAACUGUUCCAAAUAUGUUUUGGGAUACUGCCUGCAUGCUAUGGCCAAUAGGAUCAGACUCUGAGCUCCAUAUGAGCAAUUGAAUCCCACUAGAGUUGAUUUGCAUUUUAUAUAUGUGAAAAGAUCAUGUCCAGCAAUAUGGUCCAAAUGUUAUGCCAGGCGCCUACGACUUACAUGAUCUAGCUGUGGUACUGCAGCUGGCCAGGAAUGGCAUCCCUUCUAUUUCGUAACCCCAGGAAAGUGUUUUGUAACCUAAAGAAAGUUUUUUAACAGAUUGAUUGAAUCUCUUGUUUGCAACAUACCACAACUGGUGGUCAGCUGCUUGUAGCUUGGUUUAUGACAAGUUGCACAGGUCUGAUUUAUACAUCCAUGUUUUAAAAGGUGACAUUUGAUAGGAGUGGAAUAUUUAUUGAAUUUUGCCCUUUCUUUGUUUAUUUCCCACCAGGCUUAGCCCACAAUAUUAGUCAUGUAGAGUAAACAUAUUUGAUUGAAUAUAUAAUACAUGUUUACUGCAUUGAACACAAUAAGCUAGAAUCAGUGGUCAAUUAAGCUAUUAAAAUCUUAGCUCAUUUAAAAUGUAAUUAUCCAGGAAUAAAUCGAGGUUCAAUUGCUUGAAGAAAGAACAUAUUCCGAGAUAUUUUUUUUAAAAGAAAAGUCCAUGUAAACACUUCAAACUGGAAAUUUCAGAGUCUUAUGCUUUAUAAGUAUCAGAUUUCUUUUUUCACAAUAUGGCAAAUGGGUGAAAAUCUUGUGGGAAACUCAACCAGGAAUGGAAAUGAUCCAACUAAUUGCUCAAUAUUGUGUCCAGUGGUUAGAUCUGAGAGAAGAAAAUUGUUUAAACGAUAUAUUAUUUGUGUAACUCCCCUAAAUAAACUAAAAGACCGAAAACCAGUUGCAAUGGAAAGUGGUCUGUAGGUUGUGUGGACAAAUGUUGGCUAGAAUGUAUAUGGGGUCAUAUGAGUGGCCUUAGCAGCCUUCUUUUGAAUUAAAGUGAGAAUUCCGAUAAACAUGUGGUAUGCAUUCUAAAUACAUCAUUUGAUUUGAAUGCAAAAGUGUCAGCACAACUAUUUUUAUAUAUUUAUUAAUCCCAUUUAGAAAGCUGUCCAGUCAAGAUGGGCAGACAUAUAAAUGUGAUCAAUAAAUAAAUAAAAAUGUUGAUAUUUUUGGUCAACUUAUUUUCCAAAGCACCAACGUCAGGAC